UCACGAGGCCUGUCUGGAAAGCGGAAGUGAGGAGGAAAACAACAGCGGCGGCGGCGGCGGGGUCGAGUCCGUGUAGUUGAGGAAGAAAGAAAGAAAAGCCAGCGGGCGACACGUCGAUUUAACGGUUCCGUUAAAGUGCCCACGGUCGAUUUACGGUUAACCGCGCCGGUUCGGUUUCACGUUUGCUCGCACGAUGUCGUUAAUCGCGAAGAUUUUCGGCGGCGGAGGGAAGAGUGGGAAAGCGCCCACCACCCAGGACGCGAUCCAGCGACUCCGAGAGACCGAGGAGAUGCUGGCGAAGAAACAGGAUUUCCUCGAAAAGAAGAUCGAGCAGGAGCUGGUGACGGCGAAGAAGUACGGCACGAAGAACAAGCGAGGAGCUCUACAAGCCUUGAAGAGGAAAAAGCGUUAUGAGAAGCAGCUGGGGCAGAUUGACGGGACGUUGUCCACCAUUGAGUUCCAGAGGGAGGCGUUGGAGAAUGCUAACACUAAUACAGAAGUGCUCAAGAACAUGGGCUUUGCCGCCAAGGCAUUGCAGGGAGCACACCAACACAUGGACAUAGACAAAGUAGAAGAUUUGAUGUCGGACAUCACAGACCAGCAGGAAUUAGCCCAGGAGAUCUCUGAUGCCAUUUCCAGACCAGUCGGCUUUGGAGAAGACUUUGAUGAAGAUGAACUCAUGGCUGAGCUGGAGGAUCUGGAACAAGAAGAGCUGGACAAAAAUCUGCUGGAAAUCCAGGGAGCAGAAGACGUCCCUCUGCCCAGCGUACCAUCUACAUCACUUCCUGCUAGACCAGCCAAGAAGAAGGAGGAAGACGAGGACGACUUCUCGGAACUCGAGGCCUGGGCAGCUAACUAAGCUAGCUUGCCAUUCUAGCCAGCUAGCGCCCCUCUCCUGUCUGUCUCUGUGCUACCAGACAAGCCCCAUUCAUCUGGAGGACAGACAGAGACUCUGGGCUCCUGAGCUUGCUGCUCUGUCUUAAAGUCGACAUCCCAAUAUCUAACCAUACCCCCAGCCCUGAAGUAUGCACUUGUGCACGUUUGCUGACUCGAGAUGAUGUGAACCCAGGCUGUACCCUUCAAAUUAAUGUUAUAGUAAAAAAUCACUUUGCUCCGGCCGCACACUCCUCUGUAUGUAAAGGGCAUCGAGCAUGAAAAGUAGAUGUCGUGCCCUCACAGCCUGUGGUUACGAUUAUCAAAGUGCUCUUUUUCAGAAAAAGAGUGCACGAAUGAGCACUUAGAGCAGGAGCUGGCAAGUGCAUACUUCUAGGGAUGGGUGUGUGGAGGAACACGACAAUGCUUGUUUCUGGGAGGAAUGUGAAAAAAUAAUCAAAAGAUGUGUGGGAAGAAAAUCUAAAAAAAACAGAACGUGACUCGGCCAUUUUUCUGCUUCCUGUGCUGUCAUGUCUCUGCUCUUCUAAGAUGGUGACGACAACCUUCAUCCACACCAUCUCUGCUAAAUCUCAACAAAAAGGAUGAAUGAUGAAAGUGUGGGACUUUCUUAUUGAAACGUCACCGUCAAAAAAAAAAAAAAAAAAAAAAAAACACUUUACAGAAGUUUAACUUUGCAGUGAAGCGUUUUGUUGUCAGAGGAUCCAGGGUUUGAUCCCUCUGUCAGCCAUAUCCGGCACUGCCGAAGUGCCCAUGGGCAACUUCUUGUUUACUUAUCAAGGGCCAUGUUGGUCCAACCACUUAAAAUACUAAAAUCUUGUGUGAGGAGAGAGUAAAAAUAGAUGAAACCUUUAGAGUAUCAGUGAUGCCAGUGCUUUGUUUCCACUGAUGAACCUUAACCGCCAUGAUCCCCUGAGUCUGCCGAACAAUAGAAAAGUGAAAAGCACCCGUUCGGUCACGAUUCUUUGUGAAUAUUCGAAGCUUUCAACCUCACUCUCCAAAGCAACUGAUGCUCGUGCUAACGUGCUAAUGCCCGACUCUGCCGGAGACUUUGGUUCCAACGUGGUUCCUAAACGUUCUUUAAAACAAGUCGAUGACACUGGCAGAUAAGAGCGAGAAAAGUUUAUCAAAAGAGUCAUUUGCUUUGUGGAUUUUUUCGUUUGGUAAAGAAUCUUUAAAAGUAUCAUCGACGUCCCACCACAAAACCUAAAAAAAACAAACAUGUAUUGGAUAAUCCUGUGAAAGGAUCUGACCCCUGAGAACUUACAAGAAAUAAGAUUGAUUUGAUGAAUUGAUUUUUCCAAGUACAAAAAUCUGAUGGAUUUGUAGAAGUGUGAGCAAUGUUAUGCCAUCAGGACAGUUAAUACAUUACUGUGUAACGAAGGUACGAAUGGCCGCGACAGGACACAUUACAAUGCUUCUGUUUCUGAAUUUGAGAUUGCGAGGUGUCUGACUCCCUCCGUGGUUUAACAGUGACGUCCUCUGAGAGAGUCCCACAUGUGCUGAAUUUGAAAGAUUCCGGGUGUGAGCGUGCGUGAUGUCUUCUCAGCCUCUUGACACAGUGACCUCUUCUUUUUUUUUUUUUUUUUUCCUCCUUUUCCUCUUAACUCACCUGUAGUGGAAAAACAUUUAAUUUGAACAUUGAACAACACACAUGACACGUGUUGGCCUUCAUGGUAAAAUAAGGAUUUGAGCGAGUCCAGCUUCUGCUCACCGCCCUGCUACUUAUGCUGUAAAACCACACUCCCCUCCUCCCAUCUGCAAACACAGUUAUGCAUGGACGGAUUGGGGUCGGCCCAGAAUCAGACAGCUGGUUGAGUGUGAACACGACGUAUUUUUAAAAAACAAAAAAAACAAAGGAGCAAUUAAAAACUUUUCUCAUUUUUGUAACACUAAAUCACAAAGUGGGUCGACCCCAACCCUUUAUAUUUAACAACAAACUAUCAAAAUGAAGUGUAGAUAUGAUGCCAAUGGAGUUUGUUUUUUCUUUUUCGUGUGUGUGUGUGUUUUGGCUCAAAUAUUACUCAUGUGCUAUCUGGCUGUACAGGAACAGUGUGACCAGUAGCCAGUUCUGCUCAGAGCUGUACAAAGGGUUGGACAUUGGAGAUAUUUUUUUUUCCGUGUGGCAACCAUGUUGCUCUGUGACUGUUGUCAAUGUUGGGUUGUAUACACUUUAUCUUAAUAAAGUUGGGAUUUAAUGCAAA